UAAAGGGUCUUCUGAACUGCAGUGGCAAUUAGACGAGAAGAUCCUCGCUCUUGUCUCUAAAGACGGGAAAGGGCAAGGAUGGUGGAGGCUUUCUGUGCUACCUGGAAACUGACCGACAGUCAGAACUUUGAUGAGUACAUGAAGGCUCUAGGUGUGGGCUUUGCCACUAGGCAGGUGGGAAAUGUGACCAAACCAACGGUAAUUAUCAGUCAGGAAGGAGACAAAGUGGUCAUCAGGACUCUCAGCACAUUCAAGAACACGGAGAUUAGUUUCCACCUGGGAGAAGAGUUUGAUGAAACCACUGCGGAUGAUAGAAACUGUAAGUCUGUUGUUAGCCUGGAUGGAGACAAACUUGUUCACGUACAGAAAUGGGAUGGCAAAGAAACAAAUUUUGUAAGAGAAAUUAAGGAUGGCAAAAUGGUUAUGACCCUUACUUUUGGUGAUGUGGUUGCUGUUCGCCACUAUGAGAAGGCAUAAAAAAGCUCCUGGUCUGGGCUUAGAAGAGUGCUUCAGUUUUGAUGUUUACUCAAGUCUCAGUGCUAUCCUAUUACAGCACAGCUGAUCAUUAAUUAGAUGGUUAUCCUUGGUGUGGAGGUGGAAAAUGCUGAUUUAAAAGUUUGUUACUCCAAGCAACUAGCCCACUUUUAAUCUGAAAAUUAAUUAAUUAUGUUUUAUAAUUUGAAUUAAAAUUUUGUGGCCCCUCUUUUUUUUUUUUAUAAACAAGUGAAUACAUUUUAUAAUUUCUUUUGGAAUGCAAAUCAAAUCUGAAUAAAAUCUUAAACGUGAAAAAAAAAAAA